AACACUGUGAUCCUAAAAUACAAGGAUAUAAAAGUGGCAGAGACUCACAGACAGCCUUCACCAGAGCAAAGCUGGUUGAUAAAGAGUGGCCUGGAGGAGAGACAGGCGGCUAGUUCCAGAAUGAUUUCCUCUCACUGAAGAUCAGUAGUACCUCUAGCGUCAAGUUCUAAGCACUGCAAUCCAAACGCAGGUUCUCUGAAGAACAGUAACACAGGGUUUAAAUAAGAGAAACGAUGAGGACUCCGGUCACCAAGGACUGGCUGCCCCUGCUGCUGCUGCUACUGUGUCUGCUGCCACUGAAGCUUUAUGGGGAUUACUGGGAUGAAUAUAAUGAUGAACUAACACCAGAAUUCAAUUCACAUUUGGAAGAAAUGUAUGGCACGGGGCCUACCAAACAACCUACCAUAGAAAAAAUCAUACGGUGGAUCAUUGCUGAUGUCGACAGACCUCUUGGUGGUGAUGAUUAUUGUGAAAGUGAAAUAUUGUUUAAAAGUAUUCACUAUAAGCUCAAUUGUUAUGCACAGCAUUACUUUGUAGCAGUACCAUACAAAGAGUUGCAAAAGGCAUGUCACGGUGAACGAGUACCAUGUAAUAAUAGACGUGGAAUUUGUAGGAAAAGCACAAAUUUAGUAGAAGGGGUGCGAUGUGUUUUAACAUCAGGAAAGACACUGCCGGAUUGUAAAUAUAACAGUUUCUUCCUGACAGCAUAUCCUGUUGUCACUUGUCGGUGGCACAGUGAAAACCAAACAUUUGUUCCCGAGACUGUAAAUAAUCUGUUACUACCCAGAUAGCAGGA